ACUAUCUUUGUUGCUAACCUUCAGCCAUUGUCCAAGGCUACUCAGCUCGAAUUACUUAAAUCGGAUUGGCCAUGGUCACUUUGGUUUUUGAGUUUUUAUCAGUUAAUUGGUACAGUUACAGCUUUUGAUGAUUUUACAUCUUGGAAGUAUUUCAUCAGUAUCAAGGGCUUUCCACAGAAUACCUGGCAUCCAGGAGCUUUAGCUCGAGUUUGGAGUGAGAAGCACUUAAAGUACAAUUCAAUACACGAGAUUGCUACUUCUCUUGGACCACAGAUAUCAACCGCUCACUUGUUCUUUCACUCCUUUAGCGGUUGUGAUACAACUUCAUCUGUCCAAGGGAAAGGUAAAGCAUCAUUUAACAUAACUUGGGAAAAGGUGCCAUGUAUGACUGCAGUAUUCGAGAGAAUGUCAUCAUCUGUAGGAGAUGUUAGUGAACAGACACAGACUAUCUAGAACAGUUUGUUGUCGCUAUUUACUGCGGCACAUUUGAUGGUAAGAAGGUAAAUGAUACAAGACGAUACCUAUUUUCAACUAGGGAAAAUGCAAAAGAGAAUAACCCCGCCCCCUCUAACAUCUGCUGCAUUAAAAGAACAUAUCAAACGAUCUGUACUACAAGCCAGAGUGGUACAACUGUGUAGAUGCCCUCAGAGUUGAACAUGGCCGAGUUAAUUGGGGAUAGAUGAAGGACGACAACAAAUUUACUCCAGUUUGGAGCUCUCUGCCGAACUUUCAAAUGUCAUCAAGGUGUUAAUUCCUUGUGGACACACCGAAUGUGAACUUGGAAGCUGAAAAUGCAGAAAGAAUGGAUUAAGAUGUACCGAGUUGUGUGGUUGUCAUGGAAAAUGUUAGACAAGACCAAAAAAGAAGUAUCCAUGUGUUCAUCUAUGUAGACAUUAAACAUAUUUGUUAUCGAUGUUAAUAAUUACGAACUAUAGGCCUAUGUUUAUUUGCUUAGAAAUAACAUGUGAAAGUAUGAGAUUGUGUAUACGAGAUACAGCAUAAUUAUGUUAUUGUCGCAGUCAUUAAUAGAGUUCACAGAUGGUUGAUCAAUUGGUGCAUACUUUAUUUGAUUAAAUGUACUAACAUACACCAUAUUGAGUAAAAUAGACAUUCCAAAGUGUAAAUCGGGUAUUAAAUUACAACCAUCUUGGAAUUAACAUGGUUAAUCAACGACGCAACAAAACAUGUGCUUCGCUGUUUGAAGAAGGGUGAAGGCAAUACAUUGAACAGCAAGCUAUAGAAACGACUAUUUUACAGUAUACAAUCCUUAUUUAAAGAGCCUGAUCAUUAUAUAUAAUAAACAAAUUAAUUUUCCACUAAACUGCGAGAUUAAUCAACAUUGAAAUAAAAUAGAGUCCAUGGUUAAAAAUGUGCUGCAUUAAAACAUGUGUUUCAUCGGUAGAAGAGGGGUGAGAGCUAUGCAAUUAAAAGCUAGCUAAAGAAAAUUGUUUUUACUUUUUCUGAAACGUAUCUCGUCACAUACAAUGGAUAUACUGUUCCUCCAAAGCUCCAGAUUAAUCAAUAUUGAAAUAGAUAACAUAGGACAACUGCGCAAAUUUAUAUCAGAUAACAUUUGUGUUUGUGUUCCUAGUUAUAAAAAGUUCAAUAUUUUAUUUUGUGUAUUUCGCUAAAAUGGAAGGAAGUGUACCCUAUCCACGUUCGUGAAUCGAAUGUACUGAGGCAUGUCUGCCUGUCCCAGACAGUUUUAUAUAAUAAUCUCAAUACUAAAACGAUGUUAGAAAUGAUAAACUCUCAGCACUUUAAAGACUAAAUGUAAAACGAUAUAAUUAGACCUAACAAAAAUUUAAGAAAAUGGCCAAUUGUUUUCGAUUUUUAAUUUUACUCUACUUCGUAAUGUUUCGGAGUAAGCCAAAUUCUAGGCCUAUCCACGGAGGUGGUAUAAUAUUAAUAAUAAUAAUAAUAAUAAUAAUAAUAAUAAUAAUAAUAAUAAUAAUAAUAAUAAUAAUAAUAAUAAUAGUAAUAGUAAUAAUAAUAAUAAUAAUAAUAAUAAUAAUAAUAAUAAUAAUAAUAAUAAUUAUAAUAAUAAUAAAGGAGAGGACGGGGCGGCAGAGAUUAACUUAGCUAUGGUAAAGUUAUCUAUAUUGCUCCAUAAUUAUUGCUUAUUUCACUAGUUUUUGAAAUAUUCUUGGAUUUUAAGUGAGUAUAUAUCAUUUGUUGGAGGACAAAUAUUCAUUUGCAUUGUACGGAUCUUUUAUCCUUGAUCUGAAUAUCGUCCAGAAAAAAUACUUUGUGAAGCGAUCAUGUCUAGGCCUACUCGACAUCCAACAAUGGCGAAUGUGCACCAUGCCCAUGGGGCAAACGACAAAGGUAAAUACUUAUCUAAUAGAAUUGAUGAUGCUCCAACGGGUGACGUAAUCGAAGUAGAGAUUCACGCUGACAGUGGUCAAAAAGAAAGUUACGUAAGAGUGACAGAACAAAAGGAUCAACAUUAUUCAAGCGUAAAGCCUAUUUUCUAUAAAGAUGAUGACGCUCGUGAAAAAAACGAUGAAUUUUUGAACGAAGAAACAAUAUACUUUGCCUUGUGUGAAGUUAUUAGUGAAGACAAUCUCAUAGGAAUCCAAAAAGUAAAAAAUCAUUGGAGAAUUUAUAUUAGUAACCAUGGAGACAGAGUAAAAAUUAUUACUGCUGGGCUCAACAUCAAUGGACGAAAUGUUGCAAUACAUGACAUCAACCCAUACCUUGUAGUAAAUGAUGGUGUACGAGUCUUAGUAAAGGAUGUUCCCAUCUCGGUCCACAACGAUAAAAUUAGGAACGCCCUAAAGCAAUUCGGAUGUAAAAUAAUCGGAAACAUUCAAUACGUGAAAUUUCGGAUUAAUGGCAGGCUUUCCAGAUUCGUCAAUGGUGAUAGAUCUGUAAUCGUUGAGAAAUUUAAAGGUAGUCUGCCAAGAUUUACUAUGAUCAACAAUUUUAAGGCAAGGCUUUUUCACAGACAUCAGUUCGACGUUAUGAAAUGCUUUAAGGGCAAUGAGGUUGGACAUAAGAUUAGUAGCUGUCUGAAAAAAGAUCCCUUACAAGUGUUACAGAUGCGGAAAAAUGGGUCACAUUGCUAGGUUUUGCAAGGAUGCGCUCAAGCAUUCAGAUGAAAGCGACAUCAUCACUCAUACUGAGGAAGACGAUGAUGCCUAUGACACCGGAUAAAUCCUAUUUCAUCAAACAUCUGGAGAAAAGUACAUACAAAAAAUGUGGCAAAUUUCGUGGAUAAAGGCAGCAGAGAUAAUAAGAAAGAGUCUAAAUGGAGUCUUGGCAUCAGCGAUGAAAGCGAGACUGAUACAGCAACCAGUUGUAAAGAAGAUACAGUAGAGGCAAGUGAUGAUGACGGGACAAUGGAAGAGGUCCCUGGCAGCAGCUAUGCUCCUGUAAAAAAUAAAGUCCAAAAGAGCAUAACAAACUUCAUCACGACAGCUACGCCACAGAGAGUUAUCGUAACUGGCGACACCAAAGAACCUCUAAAAGAAAAAUUCAACAAAGAGAAAAACGAACGUGAUCCGCAAGUAGCGAAUGUGAUGAAGUCCCGGAGAGAAAAGAAAGAAAAAAAGAAAACGAGUAAGAAGUAAAUCUACGUAGAUAGUUUAGUGCUAUUUGUACUAUUUGUUGUUACCACAAAAUGGGUAAAGAUAAUAGCAGAUGUUUACACUGUCUGUCUUUGAAUGGUAUAGGGCUAAGAGUAAAACAAAAGCAGAGAGAAAUUUUUAACCGGGCUAAAGUUAAUAAGGUUGACAUAUUACAUGUCCAAGAAUCACAUCUCACCAAAGAUCUUGUUUAUCUUGUGAACAAUUAUAAUUUCCUUUGGGAGGGAGACUCUUAUCACAGUUUUGGUAACUCCUUUAAUAAAGGGGUUUCAAUUCUUGUACGAAAAGAUCUUGAUUACAGGUGUAUAAAUAAACAAAUCGAUGACACCGGUAGACAUAUUUUAUUACAUAUAGAUAUCAGUGGUGUUCAAUAUUUAUUGGUAAAUGUAUACGCGCCAAAUGAUAGCAAAGAACGAAGUUCUUUUUUUAAAAAUCUCCAAAAGCAUAUGCAUACCUUCUGUGACGCACGGUAUAUUAUUGUCGGUGGUGAUAUGAAUUGCAUUCAGAUAAGUCAAUUGAUCAGAAAGGUAGUAAAAUGAAAACAGAUAAUUCGGUGUUUACAGUCAAAAACUUUAUGAAUAGGUUUAAGUUAUUAGAUAUUUGGAGAGUACUUAACGAAAAUAAAUUACAAUUCACAUGGCGCAGAAAGUCUGCUAACCCCUUUAAAAGAUUAGAUUACUGGUUUGUAUCGAAAGGCUUACAUAAUGAAGGAAAUAUAAUCUCUUGUGAUAUCAGACCCUCUGUUCUCACUGACCACCAAGGUGUCUCCUUUAAAAUUUGUGUAUCUGAAGAAAGACAUGGUCCAGGGUUAUGAAAACUUAACUCAGAUUAUUUAAAGGAUAGGUUAUUUAUUGAAAAUGUCAUGAAAAUCAUUGAUGACUGCGAACGCAAUAAAGAUUUUAAUGCAGUUGAUAAAUGGGAGUUGAUAAAAAUCAAAAUAAAAGAAUACGCGAUUUUUUUUGGAAAAACAAAAGCAAAAAAUAAAAAUAGAAAAAAAGAAAAUUACAAAAAGAAAUCGAGCAGCUAAAUAUCUUCUUGAUGAACAGGAACGGAGAUGAAAAACAAAGCUAGAAUUAAAAACAAAAACAAAAAUAUUAGAAAGUAUAUAUGCUUAUGAGGCUAAAGGUGCCCAGAUACGGUCUAGGACAAAAUGGGUAGAGGAAGGAGAAACAAAUUCUAAAAAAAACAAAUAAAAAUAUAAAAAGAUAUGAUGGAACCUAUGCUCGAAAAACCAAUGAUAUUCUGUUGUACCGAGAAGUGCAAUUUUUUGAGAAACUCUACGCCAAUCAAAACAUUGAGAAAAAUGAGGUACAGACAUAUUUAAAAAAAAAACAAAUAAAAAUAUAAAAAGAUAUGAUGGAACAUAUGCUCGAAAAACCAAUGAUAUUCUGUUGUACCAAGAAGUGAAAUUUUUUGAGAAACUCUACGCCAAUCAAAACAUUGAGAAAAACGAGGUACAGACAUAUUUAAACAAAAUAGAAUCCACGAAAUUAUCAGAUCCUGAUAAACAGUCUUGUGAGGGUAAACUGUCACUUAGUGAAUGUGAACACGCUAUACAAUGUAUGAAACUUAACAAGGCGCCUGGUACAGAUGGUCUCACAGUAGAUUUCUAUCGAUUUUUCUGGCCCAAAAUUGGCCCUUUAGUUUGCGAAGCUCUUAAAUUAGGCUUUGAAAUGGAAACAUUAAUCUAAUUCAAAAGACGUGGUGUUAUAAGUUUAAUUCAUAAAAAGGUGAGCAUGAUGAUCUAAUUAAUUGGAGGCCUAUAACGCUUCUUAAUGUGGAUUAUAAAAUCGCUGCUUUUGUUUUAGCAAAAAGACUACAAAAUGUUAUAAAAAAUAUAGUAAGUAAUGAUCAAAACGGGUAUAUUAAAGGUCGUUUUGGUUGGGAAAAUAUCCGCUUGAUUGAGGAUAUUAUGGAAUAUAUGGAUGUAAAUAGUCGUACAGGCGCCCUGAUAAGCUUAGAUUUCAGUAAAGCAUUUGACACGGUUAACAGAGAUUUCCUGUUUAAUGCUCUUCAUCAUUUUAAUUUUGGCCCAUCAUUUAUCAAAUGGGUAAGAGUUUUGUAUUGUAAUACUGAGUGAAUAAUUAUGAACAAUGGAUGGAGCUCAAAAAGCUUUAAAAUGUAUAGAGGCAUAAGGCAAGGUUGUCCUUUAUCUGCCCUUCUUUUUAUUUUAGUAGCUGAAAUUAUGGCUAUUCGGAUAAGAGGAGAUAGACUGAUUAAAGGCAUUAUUCUACCAAAUCAAAAAGAUACUGUUGAAGUAAAAAUUGCUCAGCUAGCUGAUGAUACAGUUUUAUUUAUAAAAAAAAAUGAAAAGGUAUAAAAAAAAUGCAUUGAUAUAAUUAUUGAAUUUGGGAACAUGUCAGGAUUAAAUCUAAACAAGAGGAAAACUAAUGCCAUGUGGUUAGGGCCAUGGAAAAAGAGAAAGGACAAUCCUUUUGAUAUUAAGUGGGUUUAUAAUGGUUUUAAAGUGCUAGGAAUACACGUUGGCCACAAUAAGGAAUUAUGUUUUGUAAAAAAUUGGUCAGAAAAAAUUGAAUCAAUAAAACACAUACUUAAUUCAUGGCGGAAACGAAAUUUGACUCUCUCAGGAAAAAUUUUAAUUUUAAAAGCGCUCGGGUUAUCUAAACUUGUUUAAAAUGCAAGCAUUAUAGAAACCCCCGAGAGCGUGGUAAAACAGGUUGAUAAAAUUGUUUUUGAGUUUUUGUGGGACUAUAAAUUGGAAAAAGUAAAAUGGUUAACCCUAAUUAAUGAUUAUCAUCGAGGCGGUUUAAGAGCUCCUGAUUUUAUAUCACAAGUUAAGUCACUAAGAAUGGCUUGGCUUAAACGCUUGUAUGAUGGCGAAACAUCAAAAUGGAAGUUUUUGCUAAGAUUAUAUUUGAACAGAUUUGCUCCAAAGGGCGUUUUUGAAAACAUGUCACAUGUAUGCUAUAAAGGGAUAUCCAUCGACGGAAUUCCUAGGUUUUAUCUCUCAAUGAUAAACACAUUAACAUAUUUUAACCAAUGUAUUGUUAAGCACCCACUGGGUUAUAAUGAAAUAUUGAAACGAAUUUGGGGUAACAAAAUGAUAUUAUAUAAUGGUGUUUCACUUUUAUAUAGAAAUUGGGUUAGAGCGGGCAUACGAACGAUAAAUGAUAUAGUUAUUGAUAACAGAUUUAUUAAUGCAGAUGAAUUAUUUACUAUAUUAGAUGUCAGAUCUAAUUGGAUUGCGGAAAUAUCUCUCUUGCUAAAAGCAAUCCCGCAAGAUUGGAAAGAGAAAAUUCUCUUAGGAAAAAUAGAAAAGAAGUCUAAAGUAAUAUUGCCAAUACAAUGGUGUAUAAGUACCAAACAAAUAUAUUGGUAUUUUAUUAUGAAUAGGCGAAUUGAACCCACAAAGUGUCAAAUGAAAUGGCAUUCUUAUUUUAAUACUGAAAUCGACUGGGUGUCGACAUGGACAUGGAAGGUGAAGGGGAUUAGAGAAAAUAAACUUAAACAGAUUAAUUUUAAGCUAUUACAUAACAUUGUUCCCACCAAGAAAAGAUUAUACCUAUGGAAAAUUGUGAAUUCUGAUAAAUGCCAACGAUGUAAGAAUGUUGUUCAAGAUGAGGCACAUCUCUUUUUUGAGUGUGUAGAAGCAAAGGAAUUAUGGAAAUAUGUUAAUAGUUUUAUUUUUUUAAAAUACGUUAUCAAAGCAGACUUUAAAAACAUUGUACUUGGAACGGGAAAUGUUUAUGUAGAUCAUAUAUUUUCAUUAGGAGUAUUCUGUAUAUUUAAAGCAAACGUCUUAAAAAACGUUAACAAAUGGAAUCGUAGCUCAAUGCAAAGGCUUUUUAUAACUGAAUAUAAUAUUAGAAAGUAUCUAAAGUGUCUUGCAUAAUAUAUUUUUUUGCAAGCCAUUUUAGAUUCUCUUCUUUCAUUUAUUUUACUUUUCUUCUUUUUGAACGUGUAACAAUAGUGAGUGUGCUGUAAUGUAUCGUGCGUUCGGUAACACCGUGACUGUGUUCACUGUAUAUAGUUUUUAAUAAAUAUAUAAAUUUUAAAAAAAAUAUCAAAACCACGAAAAAAGGAGGAUAAUGAAAGGCUAACCCACAACUAAAUCAAUGUAUAAAAUCAAUAUUUUUAGUACCAUCAAUUGUAAAUGUAUGAACUGUGCUUUAUAAUGAUAUUGAUGAAUAAAUGUGGUCUGUUGCCACAAAAGAGAAAAAAAAAAAUAAUAAUAAUAACAACAUUAAUAAUAAUAAUAUCAUCUCAAUGGCUUAUCUUAGUUUUAUAUUUCUGGUGUCUGUUGGUUUUGAUCGUAACGCUGACGAUAAUCUCGAUCAAUUAUUAAUAUAACUUCUCAGAUAUAUAGCGUGAGCUUGCGUUUCUUCCAAUGGAGUUUAUUUUUAUACGAGACGUUUUUGUUUGUGUUAAUUGGGUUUUUGCACCGCACCUUUAGGUUUUAACGAUCAAGAGGAAAUAGUCAUUAAGAAACUGUAGCGGUAGCUUUUACUACGAAUAAAUGGGAAUUCUGAACUAAGCAAUGCACAUGCGCAGUUACCAAAUAACGUCCGUGAAUUAUCUAUAAAAACACAGUGAGCAUGCGCUUGGAAAUACUAGACAGCCAGUGAGCAUGUGCAUUGAGUAAGUGACGUUGAGCCAUGUCAAGCAUGCGCAGUUACCAAAAAGACGUCUCAGGAACUAAAUGGCGGCUGCGAAGACGUCUCAAGAACCAAACAGCGGCUGCGAAGAGGGUAUGAGAUAGAAACGGUAAAACUAUAUGUUAUGGAUGGAAAAUAAUGAGAACUCGAGCGGGUCGAAAGCAUCUAUUUUGGCUGUCUUUGCACCCAGUUCAUCAGUGUUCGUCAGGGAGAAUUGUAAUUAAAUUAUCGCCAAAAAAAAGUAUAUUAGGCUCUAUCAUCGUACCGACGUACGUAGACCCAUGCAUUGACAAUCCCAACCAAAGAAACUGACGACAAAACCUAAGGCCUACUACUAGCCAAGUAGUAUAGAGCCAGGGUAUUUUUACAUUUACCUUACGCUGAAAAGGUUUAGGGUUAGGUUAACUAUUAGGUAGUUUUCGGCGCACGACGUUAACCUUAACUUUAACGUUAGUACCCAACAUGCAGCGCGAUAGCUCCGCCCCUUUUGUAAACAAAUCUAAAUAUGCAUGCGC